AUGUCCAGGAGGCAAGAAGCCAUAAAGAUAUCACACACCGUCCAGAGUAGUAACAAUGUGGGCUUUGGCCGGAACAUUGAACCAAGUGAAGCAAAAUCUGUCAUACAAGAGAUCGAAAACACUAUAUUUAAUGCCCCAAAUUCUUUGUUCAAAUCCAUGUCUCCAUCCGAAUAUCUGACUAAAAGGGUCAUCAUGCUUGAAAAUGAGUUGAAAUGCUACUACCAAACUGAGGGAUUAAACCAGAAGAAUGAGAAUUUAUCAGUUAUCCAAUAUAUUCAGGUGCAUCAGGAUGACGCCAUUUUGAAUACCAAACUUAAGCUGUUCUCUCUAAUAGCAAGCCAGCCAGCCUUCCACCAGCUACGAACUGUUGAACAACUUGGGUAUAUAACAAGUCUUUCUGUGAGAUCUGACUAUGGAGUCCUGGCACUCCAGGUUGUUAUCCAGUCCACAGUAAAGGAUCCUUCAUACCUUGAUGUUAGAGUUGAUGAAUUCUUUAAGAUGUUUGAAAGCAAAAUCUAUGAACUCUCCGACAAGGAUUUCAAGAGAAUUGUGAAAUCACUAACCGAUUCCAAACUGGAGAAGUGUAAAAACUUAUGGCAGCAAUCUUAUUUCUACUGGGGAGAGAUUGAGGCAGGAACUCUGAAGUUUGAUAGGUCCAGUUCUGAGGUCGCUGUGCUAAGAGAGCUCAAGAAAGAAGAAUUCAUCGAGUUCUUGGACCAGUACAUAAAAGUCGGCGCGCCUCAAAGGAGGACACUAAGCGUGCAAGUCUUCGGCAGCAACCAUUCGGCAGAGUUCAAGAAGGCGAUCAACGAAGCCGACACGCCGAAAACGUACAGAAUUACAGACAUGUUCGGCUUCAAACGAUCGAGGCCGCUGUACAGCUCACUCAAGGGAGAGUUACAUAUCCACAGUGAAGCAGAACUAGAAGGUGCCAUGAGCCGAGAGACCAACACACACAGCAUGUUCUACACACCCGGGCGGCUGUUACUGGCCAACCCUGACCUGCUGGAGCGGUUCAGGAAGAAGCCGGGUCUCAACAAGUAUGACAGGAGCACGUUCUACACCUCGCCUCGUGUGUUUGGCUACACAGACUACCCUAGGAGACACCAGUGGCUCAGUAAACCACCUAUGACUUCAGGUACAAUUAAGCUAUCCACAUGUUUACAAGUUGAGGGCGAGGGCUGA